AUGCCAGAGCCGGAGGCAGAGCUACAGGCUACUGCCAACCUCUCCCCAGUCUCACCAUCUCCCAUCCACACAGCCUCGCCACUUGUAGUGCCAGCCCUCCAGGACACUGUCGAUACAAUCGACGCAAUGGUUGGUGCAGCUCUUGCUACAAACGGGGAGAUUGGCCUGCAUCACGCCAAACAUGACCUGAUCGACACUGUUGACGAGGACGAUGUCGUAGAUGACGACAGCUUCAACGACCCAUAUGCUGAAGACACCCCAACCGAAACUGCCGUGGAGCCUCCCACUAAAGAGGAGACAGACGUCGCAAACGACGAUGACUAUGCGAAAACAUUUGACUCCCCCGUCGGCUCGGAGAAGGGUGACGGCGAGGACGAACAAGAAGCUUCUGUAUCAUCAGUUCUCCGAGAAUCCAACAAUAUUUCCUCACAUUCUGGUGCCUUGAAUACCCACCCAUCAGUCGCCUCGCAAUUCGUGCUUGAUACCUCUCCUGCGCAACCUUCUGCUGGAAGUCAUGCGCCUGUCCAGCCCGCGGCAGGUGCAGCUUCCCAAAGACUGAGCGACUCCAAUCACUCGAAUGCCGAACCCAGUUUACCUCAAUCCGCUCACGGAGGCCACAGUGCAGACCGUCCUGAAAGGCCUUCAUCAGCGGAUCUCCAACAACUCGUGGCUGAUCUGACGCGCCCCCAGCCCACUGAUGAAAAUCAUAACUUAGACCCAUCUGCCCAGUUUGCGCAGGCCGGGCAGUCCAGCGGCCCUCCACCCCAAACAAGCCCAUCUGCUGCUCUGCCACCGUCCUCAUCCCUCCCGCCCCGGCCUCCUCAACCCAACGCAGCUCCCCAGACGUAUGCAUCUCUCCACCAUCCUGCCGGAUCAGUUCCAGGUGUACCCGUCAAUGUCGCUGCUCCGCCCAAUCCCGGUCAGCCCUCGACGUAUGUCGCGGCCGGCGCCCCAGGAACAUCUACUGAAGCCAUCAGCAAUCUCCCGCCGCCCCCGCCAGCCGGCCUUGCUAGCCACCCCAGUCUCGCAUCCAUGACCUCUGUCCCAUUCCCCGCUCAAGCCGCCUAUCCCGCAGAUGGGGAAGACGACUACCAGCGCAAGUGGGAUCAGUUUAUUGCUGAUGAAAGGCAAUACAUGUCGGAGGCCAAGUGGGAUCGCUUCCCCGAAGGCUCUCGCAUUUUCAUUGGUAAUCUCUCAAGUGAUAAGGUUUCAAAGCGCAAUGUGUUUGACAUGUUCCACAAGUAUGGCCGACUUGCACAAAUAUCUCUGAAGUCUGCCUAUGGAUUUGUCCAAUACCACACCGUUGAUGAAGGCCAGCGGGCUAUAGACAAUUUGCAAGGCGCAGAGAUCAAGGGGCGACGUAUUCAUCUCGAGGUAUCCAAGCUUCAGGAUAAGUCAAAGAAGGAGCGCGCUCGAAGCCCUGAUAAAGGACGCGGUCGAGAUGGCGGACGGCGUAAUGACAGAUAUGCCAACCAAGGUAGGGAUGAAUAUCGCCACGGUAGCCGUCCCCAUUCUCCUCGCCGUAAUGAGUACAACGGCGACAAUUAUGGUCGAGAACGGGGAUACUACGAGGCAGGCCGUGGCCGUAACCGAUCUCGAUCACCCGGCUAUGGUCGAAGCGGCAACAACAAUAACAACCGUGACUCGUACCGGCACAGAAGCCCCAGUCCGUACGGGCGAUCUCACAAUGACGGAGGAGAGAUCGACCUCCCAAGAAGAUAUGGAGCGGAUGUCCCUGACGUCCAGAUAAUCCUUCAGCCGGACGUCAGUCGUGAAUUUGUUAACUGGGUUGAAAGUGCCUUUAAAGCCAAGGCACUCAAAACCGAGGUCAUGUUUCUACAUCCGCGGAUACCAAAGGACCAAGUUAUCCAACGACAGGCGGUUGAAGGUGUACAGGCUGUGGUCGAUUUGGACAUGCGAGCACAGCAACUGGGCAAAAUCCCAGUCCAAGCCUUUGACCGAUCGGCAGGAUCGUCCAAUGUUCGCUUUGACCAAUAUGUGGACCUAGAUCCAAACAUUGCGGCUGAAGUUAUCGUUCGGACGAAGGCUUCUGCUAUGCCCAGCUAUGGGCAGCCAUACGGUGGUGCCCCUGGCGGUUACGGGCAACCGUACAACGCACCAAGCCAGCAGCCGGCUCCAGUCAGUAACUAUCCGCUGCCUCAGUCUGCCGCCUACCCACCUCAGCAGGCGGCUGCCAACACAGCUGAUAUUGCAAAACUGUUGGGCAAUGUAGACAACACGACUCUUCAACGGCUUCUCUCCUCAAUCCAGGGGGCCCCUUCAGGUGCCAUCCCCGCGGUAAUGCCGCACGGGAAUGUUCCCCCAGCAGUUCAACCUGAUAUCCAAGCUAUUCUAGGUAGCCUAUCCGGGGGCGCACCAGCGCACCAGCAUCAUGUAUCAGGCCAAGCUCAGUACCCCCAGUCUUAUCCUCCCCAAGGGCCACCAGGACCACCAGCUCAAUCGCCAGGCGGUGGUGAUUCGGCUGCUCAAGUUCAGAACAUCAUGGCGCAGUUGGCGCGGUACAGACAAUGA